GAAUUUUGUUACAGCGAUUUUUGGAUUGUGGGAGGUAGAGAGAUUUGAUAGAGAAGAUAAACAAUCUCUCUCUGUUUCACGGUUGUAUCUUUGUGUUCUUCCUUUUUUGUCUUUGAUUGAUCGGGUUCUGUGCAUUCUGUGAGCAUAUGUGAGGAAUUAGUCCAUUCAGAAUCAGUUGGGAUUUUCAGGCGUGUGAAGUUUAGUUGAGAAAGGACCUUUCUGUUGGGAGAGAUGGGAGAGAAGAAGCAGAAGUUUCUCACAGUAGCGCCCUUUCAGUGUGCUUGGCAGAAGGAAUUGAGAUUCAGGGAGGCUGGUCGUGGUUGUGUGGCUUUUGAAGCUUUCGCCCACAAUGAUGUCACAGUUGUGUUCCGCGAGCAUGUGGGUAGCCAGCACUAUCACUACAGAAGGGAUAAUAGUCCAAACUACACUGUCGUUCUAGGUAGCCAUAGGAAUCGGCGAUUGAGGAUUGAGGUAGAUGGGAAGACAGUGGUUGAUGUAGCUGGUGUUGGGCUUUGCUGUUCUUCAGCUUUUCAGAGCUAUUGGAUCAGUAUCUAUGAUGGUUUGAUUAGUAUUGGCAAGGGCCAAUACCCAUUUCAGAACCUUGUCUUCCAGUGGCUUGAUGCGAACCCUAACUGUAGCAUCCAAUACGUUGGGCUUAGUAGCUGGGACAAAAUUGUGGGUUAUAGGAAUGUCAAUGUGUUGCCCUUAAAGCAGAACCAUAUAUUCCUGUGGAAACAUAGGGAUUAUGAUGAACUUGGAGGGGACAAUGAUGAAGAACAGGAUCUGGAAGGUGGAUGUAACAGUUUGGAGGAGUGGGGACUCAAAAAUUUCCUAGAGAGCUGGGAACUAUCAGAUAUGCUCUUUCUUAUUGGAAAGGAGGAAAAGCCGGUUCCUGCACAUAAAGUUAUCUUGAGCACAUCUGGUAAUUUUCAUUCCAAUUCAUCAGAUGAUGAUGAUGUUAUCCACCUACCAGGUGUAGCUUUUUCAGUUUUUCAUGCUCUUCUUCAGUACAUCUACACAGGCCAGACCCAAGUUUCGGAGUCGCAACUUGGUUCGUUGCGAGAUCUGAGCUUGCAAUUUAAAGUCCUGCCAUUGGUUAAGCAGUGUGAAGAUAUUAUUGAACGCUUUAAACUAAACAAGAAAUUGUUUGAAUCGGGUAAGAAAGUGGAGAUUUCACAUCCAAGUACCCGACCUCAGCGCUGUACAGUGUUCCCUUCUGAGCUCCCUAUUAAUGUCAAUAAGCUCAAGCAUUUGCUUUCAUCUGGAGAGUACAGUGAUGUGGACAUUUAUAUCGACGGGUAUGGUCUUGUUGCUCAUUCUCAUAGAGUCAUCCUUAGUUUGUGGAGUGCCCCAUUUACUAAGAUGUUCACAAAUGGAAUGCGUGAGAGCAGUGCUUCGGAGAUCUGUUUAAAGGAUGUCUCACCAGAAGCUUUCACUGUCAUGCUUGAAUUCAUGUACAGUGGGGAACUUGAUAUCAAAGAUGCCAUGGACUUGGAAGGUCUCUUACGCCAACUUCUUUUGGCAGAUCAAUUUGGAGUUGUACCUCUUCGUCAAGAAUGCUGCAAGACUCUCUUAGUCUCUCUUUCUGAGGACUCAGUGUGUUCCAUUCUUCAAGCCAUAUCAUCAGUUCCAUCAUUUAAACUUAUUGAAGAAACAUGCGAGAGGAAAUUCUCAAUGCAUUUCGAUUACUGCACCACUGCCAGCACUGACUUCGUGUUGUUAGAUGAGGCAACUUUUAGGAACAUUCUUCAGCAUCCUGAUUUGACUGUAACAUCUGAAGAAAGAGUCCUGGAUGCUAUCUUGUUGUGGUGCUUGCAAGCCCAAGAAAUAUGUGGGUGGGAAGUGGUGGAUGAGCUCUUGAAAGCUUCAACGCUGGAACUCUUUUUCGGAGAGAGGCUUCAGACAAUUAAUGACUUGUUGCUCUAUGUACGUUUCCCAUUAAUGCCACUGUCAUUACUUCAGAAGCUGGAAAAGAGCAACCUUUGCAGUCAACUUCCUGUAUUUGAACAGCUUGUGAUGGAGGCCAUUAACUAUUCAAAAUGUGGAAUUGGUAGAUCAGCAGGUGAUCAGAAUGUAAGAUUUCAGCAUAGGCGGUCUAGUUUUAAGGAGCUUCUAUACAUAUGUGAUGGUGAUAAGAAUGGGGUUAUUUACUUUGCCGGCACAUUAUAUGGUGAACAUCAAUGGGUAAAUCCUGUUCUGGCUAAGACAAUUACUGUAACUGCCAGCAGUCCUGCCUCAAGAUACACAGACCCCAAGGCCUUAGUUUCAAGGUCAUACCAGGGAACCUCUUUUGCAGGGCCUCGGAUUGAGGAUGGACAGAAAUGUGCAUGGUGGAUGGUUGACAUUGGCCAGGAUCACCAGCUGAUGUGCAACAAUUACACAGUGAGGCAGGAUGGCUCAACCGCAUACAUGAGAUAUUGGGCUCUUCAGGGUUCUUUGGAUGGAAAGAGUUGGACCAACUUGAAAGUACACGAAAAUGAUCAGGCAAUAUGUAAGCCUUGUCAGUUUGCAUCAUGGCCUGUGCAUGGUUCCACUGCCCUGCUUCCCUUCAGGUUCUUUAGAGUUAUCUUGACAGGUCCAACCACAGGAGAUUCCAACCCAUGGAACCUUUGCAUUUGCUUCUUAGAAUUGUAUGGUUACUUCCGGUAGUGUAACUGAAAUGAUGCCUGCUUGAUCAG